AUGCUUCUCCAAGCGGGCAGCUGUCCCAGCGCCCUUCGCAGCGGUUUGCGGCCACAACGACUUGCUCGCGUUACUCCGCUCGUCCCAUCUUUGCGUCGCUGCACGCGCGCUGUCAUAGCUGCUGCACAAAAGGCGGCUUUUUCAUCCGGGCCAUACCCAAUCCCAGAAGGCCCCGCCAGCCACUACUACCGCGAGACGGAGAGCUGGCCGACCGAGGAAACACUGCCGCUGCAGCAACACAACCUGGAGCAGCAGCCUUACGUGGACUUAAUCGUAGCUGGUGCUGGACCCGCGGGCGUUGCAGCGGCAGGGCGAGUCGCAGCGGCCGGAUUCUCCGUCUGUGUCAUCGACCCUGAGCCGCUGGCCCAUUGGCCCAAUAAUUAUGGCGUCUGGCUUGAUGAAUUUCAGGCGAUGGGCCUCGAGGACUCCCUCCACGUCAUUUGGCCGAAGGCCAAGGUCUGGCUCAACAGCCUGCCCGAUGGAGAAAAGUUCCUGAACCGUCCUUUUGCCCGGGUAGACCGACCCAAAUUGAAGCGAAUGCUGCUGGAGCGCUGUAAUGCUGCGGGCGUUACGUUCCUGUACGGCAAGGUGUCCGGGUGUUGCCACGGUGAGGGGAGCUCCGAGGUGCAGCUGGCGGAUGGCAGGAAGAUUCGCGGGUCGUUGGUGCUGGACGCCACGGGACACUCGCGGCGGUUAGUGGAGUACGACAAGAAGUUUGACCCCGGGUUUCAGGGGGCGUAUGGGAUUGUGGCGGAGGUGGAGUCUCACCCCUUCGACAUCGACACCAUGUUGUUCAUGGACUGGCGCGACGAACACACACACGGCCCAGGCUUGGAGGCCAUGAGGGCGGCCAAUGAGAAGCUGCCCACGUUUUUGUACGCCAUGCCCUUCACCAAAAACAAGGUCUUUCUGGAGGAAACCAGUUUGGUUUCCCGGCCGGCUGUGGGUUUUCCGGAGCUUAAGGAGCGCCUGGAGGCGCGAUUGAAGUGGCUGGGCAUCAAGGUCACCCGGGUGGAGGAGGAGGAGUACUGCCUCAUCCCCAUGGGGGGUGUGCUGCCCAAGCACCCGCAGAGGGUACUGGCGCUGGGGGGCACAGCAGGUAUGGUGCACCCAUCCACCGGCUUCAUGAUCUACCGGAUGAUGAGCGCGGCGCCCACGGUGGCGGAUGCCAUCAUCGACCAGCUCAGUUGCGCUCUACGUCCCGCGGACGAGUCCGAGGCUGUGAGCAUGGCGAACGCCGUCUGGAGAGCCACGUGGCCCGUGGAGCGUGUACGGCAGAGGGCGUUCUUCACGUUUGGAAUGGACGUACUGCUUUCCCUGGACCUGUACGAGAUGAGGGAGUUCUUCAGGGCCUUCUUCAGUCUGAGCAGUUUCCACUGGCAUGGCUUCCUGUCCACACGGCUGUCGUUCCCGCAGUUGAUUGUGUUCGGAUUGUCGCUGUUCCUCAAGUCCUCCAACGCCGCGCGCUCCUCCCUUCUGCUGCGCGGUAUACCCGGCCUGCUGGCCAUGUUGGUGGAGCUGGUGCCCACACUGGGGGGUGCCAGCUAUUACCCGGGGAUGACGUCGCUAAAGGAGCGAAAGGAUGCUGUGGACGCUGCGGCCCGCCAGGCAGCGGCCGCCACGGGGGCCGCUGUACGACAACCGCUACUCGCCACGGCCGGUGCUGUCAUGACCGGCCCCGCGACCGCUGCGGGGAUGCCCGUGGGCGCCGCCGCCGCUGUGCCUGCUGCGGUGGUGCUGGAGAAGGAGAAGGAGGAGGAGGCCUCCGUGACUGUUGGCAACUGAUCUGUCGUCACCUCCGUCGUCAUCAGGUGGUCGUCGUUAUCGGGGGGCCAUGUGCGCAGAGGUGUAAUAAUCCUGAGGGCUGAUCAUGUGCAUGAAGAGGGCUCCAUGAAGAGGGCUCCAUGAAGAGUGAGAAUGUACGUAUCUGGGUGGCAGGUGAGGAGUCCGGCCGCCCCCCUGGCUGCUCCCGUGGGACAACGGCCACGACGACGAUGACAACGACAAGGGAAGUGCUGUGACACGUCGCAUAUGUACAUGUAUGUAUGUAUGUAUGUGUGUGUCUACUAUCUGUCUGUCUGUCCGCUUGUAUGUAUGUGCGUGGAGGAAGCGGGCGGGGUUAGGGAUGAGGGUUUGCUGAAGGCGCCCGACUGGUGGAUGAGUUGGUGGUUGGUGGUUGACAGUUACUCCUCCUUCGUUGCGGCGUAGUUGAGGUGGGUAGAGCCGGGCCAAUCUCGCCUGUGUGUAUGGUACGCAUGUAUGUAUGUACGUAUGCAUGCAUGCAUACCUUUCACGUGAGCU